CAGUACAGUAUGGCAGCCCGGACUCUUUGGAUAGUCCUGAUGUGUGUGGUCCUCACUGGGCAAGGGUCAAAGGCUCAGGACUGUGGUGUGGCACCUCUGAACACAAAGAUAGUAGGUGGUGUGAACGCCACAGCUGGGUCAUGGCCCUGGCAGGUCAGUGUGUACCAUAAAGAAUAUCAUAUCUGUGGAGGGACCCUCAUCAGUGACCAGUGGGUCCUCACAGCAGCCCACUGCAUUAUAUCAAAUUCAACUAGCGUCUGGACUCUCUACUUUGGAAAAUUGACUCAGAGUGGCCCUAAUGUUAAUCAGGUGACCCGCACUGUGUCACAAGUCAUCGCCCAUCCUAACUACAGCAACACUUUGUUCAACAAUGACAUUGCCCUAAUGAAGCUCAGCAGCCCUGUCACUUUCAAUGACUACAUCAGACCUGUCUGCCUGGCAAGUAACUCCAGCCAGUUCUACACCUCCACCUCCUGCUGGGCCACUGGCUGGGGCAGACUUGGAAGCAAUGAGCCAAAUCAAGCUUAUAACUUCCUUCAGGAGGUCCAGAUUCCUGUUGUUGGAAACAAACAGUGCAGCUGCGACUACAUCCCAAUACCAUCAGUAAACCUCACUACCAACAUGAUGUGUGCCGGUCAAGAGAACAAAGGAACAUGUCAGGGGGACUCUGGUGGACCUUUGCAAUGCAAACAAGGCUCAGUGUGGAUCCAGGCUGGCAUCACCAGCUAUGGAGUACCUUGUGCCACAGCUGGAUUUCCUGAAGUUUAUACCCGAGUCUCUCAGUUCCAGGCUUGGAUCAAAGAUCAAGUGGCCGGAGCAAAUGUCAUCUUCGUCACAUUCACCUCUAGUGGCACUGAUCCAGACAGCAGUUUUGUGUGUCGCAGCACUGCAACCUCAGCAGCUAUGACUCCUACUCCCAAUCUGACUCUGACUAGUACUCCAUCCUCAGCUGUCCUGACAGCCACAGCAACUGAGCUUGCAUUCAUUUCCAUCUUAGUGCCAGUGUUUCUUCAGGAUGUUUUAGCUCUGUAGCUCAGUUUUAAACUAACAACUUUUCAACACUUAAAUCAUUUUACAAAGUUUCAAAUUCUUCUUACUAUAUGUAUAACAUACAGUUAUGGUUGGGUUGGUUUCCACACUGUGUCUUUGGAGCAGGAUCCCUUUUUCUUUGCACUUAAUUCCUUCUUCUUGGCCUUUUUUAAUGUGACACAAACUUCAUUUAACCCAAACUGUGUCUAUUCUCUAA